GUAAGUUAAUUCAUAUAAUAUGAAUUAAUUAAAAAUUAAGAAUUUCAAUAAAAAACAAAAUAGGAAAAAAAAGUUCUUAAAUUAAUUCAUAUAAUAUGAAUUAAUUAAAAAUUAAGAAUUUCAAUAAAAAACAAAAUAGGAAAAAAAAGUUCUUAAAAAUAGAUAAAUUUUCAACUGUGUAAAGUGCUGGGAAUCGACGAAUUCAAUGAUGUAUCUAUUAUGAGGGCAAUUAUAUCCAUUAUUCAGUAGAAUUUAGUAGUUAUUUAAUUACUAAAUCGCGAUUUCAAAUCGCAUUCAAUCGCAUUCUCUUUGUUGUAAAGUAACGUAAACUAUAUUAAGUAAGUUUUGUACCACUGAGUAUUGAAGUUUUGUAUGUAAAUUUCCAUCAUUUUACAGCAUCAAAUGAAAUGCAAUAUCGAAAUUUCAAUGAGAAAAAAAAAAAUAUCGAUUCAUUACCGAUAUAAAUAUCUCCCUUUUCUACAAUUCUUCCUGAACGUUUUGCAUAUUACCUUGUAAUUUAUUUUCAUGAAAUUGAAUUGAGGAUUUAAUCUACAAAUUUAGAAUUAAUAAUUCGAUACAACAAAAUAAUAAGAUGUACAUCAAAAAGAAAGGUUGCAUUUCACGUUAAUUUUACGGUUAUUUAUUGAUUGUUAGGUCAAAAAGAAAGUGUUUGGAGUAUUUUAGAAGUAUGUUUAAUCGAUUGCAAGUGUCAUUUUUUGGAUGUUUCUUUAUUUCUUUGUAGAAAAUUUGAAUAUAUAUUCGUUCUCUGACGUCAUCAAUCAAAAGUUUCGCGGCAAGUAGCUAGGAGGCUUAAGCAAUAAGAACAAUAUCUUUUUGUUUUCUAAUUCAAUGAUAUUUCAUAUAUCUGUACUUUUUAACGUGUAUUUCAAGUUUAUUAAUGUAUCCACAUUUCUCUUAAUAUUUUGAAAUAAUUUGGGGAAAAACUUAUAAAAAUUAACAAAAAAUAACUCGUGAUUCUAAAAUAUAUCUUAAAAUUAUAGUAAAUCUUUUUAUAUUCAGAAACGAUUUCAAAAUGACAAAUCUUUAGUGAAUCCGAUAAUCGCAGGAAGAUAAAAGUUAUCGUUCGUGCUACCCACACGAACUAGGAGAGACGGAUACGCUUGUCCUGACAAACGGCAGAGAUACGGAAGGAUUUCAACAUGUUAUAGCAUUGCUUUGACAUGUUAAGGAUAUAAUUGUGGAAGAAUUAAGAAGAAUAUCUUAGUGAACACGCUGUGUAAAUGAAUAUUGUCAAAUCAAGAUACAUAGGAAAUCAAGAACUCUUCGCCGAUACUCACACUUGAAAUAAUUACUCUUAAAUUCUCACAGGCUCGAAUUAAUUUCUCGAAUAAAAUAUGUAUUUGUAAUAUUCGAUUUCUGAUUAGAGCUUUUGGUUAGAGUUUUGUAUAUAUGGUGCAACAACAAUUAUUACUUAAUUAUACUAAUUAUGUUUGUUAAAGUGCAAUUACUUAAAGGCGCUAUGUGCGUUGCAUUUUACCUCAUCGCGUGUGUUGUUUUUAUUAAAAUGAGAAAAAAUUUCGACUCAAAGGAAAUGACGAACGUGAUAACGACGAAUUACCAACCGAUAACGUUAGAUUUUUCAUCUGCAAACAAGAUAAACAAAAAGGAUGUUGAGUUAGAAGUCGAAAUGUUACGAAUGGACGAAUUGAAAGGUGAAACCAUCGAUUAUCAGGAGAAUGCGGCUCUACUUCGACAGAUGUCGAACACAUGUACGAAGUACAAUCUGAAGAGAAUACCUUUCAUUAAAAGACAUUUUUUAUAUAACGCUAAACAUAAGUCGUUAUAUUGUUGGAUUCGUAAAGUUGCAUCUACUAGUUUUACCAAAUUAUUUUCCGACAUGAGCAAUCGCCAAGUCAGCCACAAUUUUUACAAAGAAGUGGAUUUUUUGUCGCCAAAAACUCUAGAAAAUCUGCAGCAUUAUAUUAACGAUAGCGCUGUCUUCAAAUUGCUCAUUGUUCGACAUCCCUUUCAACGACUAGUCUCAUCAUAUAGAGAUCGUAUCGAGGACAACAGUAAAUAUACUGCGCAAUCCUGGCUCCACGCUCACUCGAUUCUUUAUCUUUCAAGGCCAAAAUUAUUUCGUUUCAAAUCGUCCAAUGGAAACAUUUUAGAGAAGAUAUUCCUGCCGGACAAAAGACUGAAGGUGAUCCCCAGUUUUCGCGAAUUCUUGGAAUGGUUGCUGAGGCAACCGCCAGAACAUGAUGAUGUUCACUGGGAUCGAUAUUACACUCAUUGCGCGAUUUGUGAUGUGAAUUAUAAUUUCAUCCUGAAGCUAGACAAUUACACCUUGGGGCAGAUCAAUUACAUUCUGUCAAAGCUGAAAUUGGACAGAAAUAAAAUCUAUUUGUCCACGUUGCAACGCACUCGUAAUGGACUCACCGACUUUAACACGUCGUGCAAAUAUUUUCGCAAUCUGACUACCGACAUGGUCAUACGGUUGUAUAAGAGAUACAAAGUAGAUUUCGAUAUGUUUAAUUACAAACCAGACAAAUAUUUGCGAUGCGCUAAGAGAAAAAAUUAGUUCAAACGAGGUAACAAAGUGUUUGAUAAUAUUUAAUUCCAAAACUCUUUCGAUGGAAGAAAAUUCCUUUAUGUAAGGACACAUGAUGAAAUCUUGUUUUUAAUGGAAAUUAUGGAUUAU